AUGGCUCGCAUCAGAGAGCAACCACCACGGCGCAGUAAGCGCAUUGCCUCGCGCGAGGGGAGCGUGGCUCCCUCACUGGCGAGUGAGGAAGAGGAGAGAGUGCGCGACCGCCCGGUCGCAACCAACCAGAACACCCUCCUGCGCCAGCACCUGACUUUGCGCGCAUCUCCUCCCCGCCCGCAACGCUCCCCGCCGCGAUCCCUCUCCCCUGCUGUCGCGGAACAUUCCAGCCCAGCCACCGUCACUGUCCCGGUCGAGUUCACACCACGCCCGAACUUGCUCCGUCGCGCGUUUGGCUUCCUUUCUUCGCCAUUCGGCGCCGCACUUGGCCUGCAACAUCACACCCCCGCGCCAUCCACACCCACCCCACAACAGCCACUAGGUAUGCUGCCCGCAUCCCGCAAGCGGCCUGCACUGGAGAUGGAGCCUGAGCACGAUUCUGAGCCACAGGAGCCUCAAUCGAAGCCAGAACAAGCUCCAAAGCCCGACAUCACACUCGUCAACGCCACGCCCACGCGAUCCAAGACACCCCGCGGUCCAUCCACCCUGAAUCGCAACCAUCCCAGCUCCCUUCGAGCCAUAUCCGAGCGCACCGAAAACUCCGCAGCCACGGUUCGCGCCGCAGCGCGCAAUGCAGAGCCUACCCCAAGCAGACAUCGCCCCAUAUCCUCAGUCCGCAGCAAACGCGAUCAAGCCAACAAUACGCCCGGCCGCCCUCGAGCCUGGGUACGACCAGCCAUGCCGCGUGAGCCAAAUGCCGAUAGCCGGCUGGCCAAACUCAACCACUACAAUCAGAUGAAGGACCACGUGCAGAGUCUGGAGAAAGACGAGGAGCUUCGAGAAAUGGUCGCCCGUCAUCGCACUAAGCGCGUCAAGAUCGACGACCUGGUCUACAUACCACAUAACCGUCCAGGUGACCCCUCAGGCACCUUCAGAGUGUAUGACGACGACAGUGAAGACGAGAUGGAGGUUGACGAGGAUGUGGAACUACGAAAGAACGUCUUCGACGAAGUCCCUGGGGAGCUAUCGCCAUCGAAGAAAGUGGAGCGUCAACCAGCUGUUCCAAAGCAGCACAAAAACCCUGUUGAGGCCGCAGAUCAGACUCCCAAGCCACGUGCACCAGAGAAGAUCCUGCCGCCAGUUCAACGGGCUGCACCAACUCCAGGAGAGCUGCUCCACGCGCAGAUGCUGGCAGGUAAGCCACUCGAGCUGCACCAGCUUAAGGUGCCUGCAGAGGGCACUGCAUGGGUCUUUCCAAGCGUGAGCAAGCGCCAGGAACCCUACCAGGAUGGAACGGCGCAGGAGGCUCGACUAGGUGCCAUUCUCAAGAUGGCAUACGAACACUGGAUGCGUAGCGGCGAAGUGCUACCCGUUUUUUGA